CAGGGCAUGGCCGGCCACACCUUGUCUUCUCGGGCACCCUCUGCUCUGCCUUAUCCUCUAUCAUUCUUCUUCUCCUUCGUCUUUCCCCAGCACAUCUCCCUCUCUCUCUCCCCUUGGCUCUUUUUGUUCCAGAGCACACGGAACUUGCGGAGCGGGCUCGACGGCCGGCGGGGCUCAAGGCGCGGCGGACGGCGGGGCUCGGGCCACACCUUGGCAUGGCGGCUCCCUCCCACAGUGCCAGCAGGUGCUCCGUGCUCGAAUCCUCCACGCGCAUGGUCCUGCCCCGCCCCCUCCCACAGCGUUCUAGAGCUUGGGAAAGUCGCCGCCGUGGCCAUGGUGCUGCGGGCCCGGCGGCGGCGGACGCGGAGCGGCGCGCGGCGGACGCGGACACGGUGGGUGCGAGGGCCCAGCCGACGGGGGAUCCCGCAGCGGCGCUCGACGGCCGGCGGCGCGCAGGCUUCCGCGGAGGCGGCGGGCGGCGGACGCGCGAGCGGCGGCAGGAGGAGUGCGCAGGCGAGCGGCACGCAGGCGGGGGGCGGUGCUCGCGCGAGCGGCGGCAGGAGGAGCACGCAGGCGGGCGGCACGAGGCGGCCUGCCGGCCGACUUUUUUUUAAUUUUUUUAUUCAGUUUGUCGGGGCGGGUGAUCCCCUCGCCCGCCCGUGAAAAUUGUUUUGUAUGAACGAGUGAUGGGGUGAUCCGCCCUUGAAUAUAUAUUUUUAAAGGGUGGACGUCGCAUCUGUCCCUGCAAACAGUUAUUUUUAGCUGCGGAAAACAGGGGCGGGUGCAAUGUCCGUUCCUAAAAAUACUAUUUCACCGUCUCUAUAAACCUUUUUUUUUGCAGUAGUGUCA